AUGCAAAGGUUUCUUAUUAAAAGUGAGACCAGGGAUGAUGGACCUAUUUGUGUCAUAAUUCCCGAGCAAUUUUUCACCGUGGAGCACGAACCACCACAACCUCCAUCUCCAAUUCCACCUUCGUCUCCCCUUCCACCUCCACCAUCGUGUCCACUUCCACCUUCGUCUUCUCUUCCACCUUCAUCGCCUUCUUUUGUCUUUCGGGGUAAAGUUGGUGAAUUGAAAGUUCCAAAUGUUCUCAGUUUGGUUGAUAAACAAACAGGAUAUCGUUCUUCUGUUGAAAUUACUAAUCCAAUUAAUUAUAACAGCUUGGUCAAUGAUUAUUUUGAUGGGAAAAAUAAUGUUGGAUAUAUUGACUUGGAGGCAACUAUUCAAGAUUCAAUGAAUCGACUUUACUAUUACCAUUCCACAGAGGAAAAGAUUACUGUUCAUAAAAAUACGUGUACAAGGUCAGACUUAAAUCAGAAUGAGAAGAUCGAAUCUAUCAAAGAUUGGUUUGAACCAAAAGAUAUUGUCGCCAGUUCAGAAAUCUUCAAAGAUUUCGUUCAUUUGGGACCAGCAGGAUUGAUGGUCUAUGCCAACAAUAUAAGUGAUAAAGCUUCGUUCAUAGGAUCCGAACUGAUUGAAGGUCGUAAUGUUAAUCAUUGGUUUUAUUGUACUGAUUCCAAUGGACCUUACAUUGACUUUUACUUUGAUGUUAAGACCUCUUUGCCUUAUCGGUUCUUGUUGUAUUAUCCUGAAUGGAUUGAGACUAAGGAAGUCAUUUCAAUAAAUGAAACUCGAACAGUCAAAAAGCAAAUUGAUUCCGAGUCUAAAUAUGUUUACAACUACUACAGGUUCAAACCGUUGGUCAUAGCAAGUAGUGAUAUCAUUCCAUAUCCACUUGGUUAUGGAUGUGCUCGCAAAGAUACUCGUCCAUCUACUCCAUUACCAGAUUUCAGUAAAGUUAAAAAGUUCACUAUGGACAUGGAAGCGGUACUAACAUAUCCUGAAAGGGACCCUAUCAAAUCAACUGCUCGAGUAAUCAAAGUGGGCGAUGUUAUUUCAUACGAAAUUCAAGAAGGAGCAGCUUUCGUUCGUUCCAUUGAAAUGCCUCGUCCUUUAGGGCGAUUCCAAGUGGAUGAACGCACUGGUCGAUGCAUUUAUUAUAAUUCUGAUUAUUCGUCUAAUGUUACACUAAUCACUCGUUGGCCUUUUCAUGAAGAUCGUGGCUUUAAUCUAUUGCAUUAUCUGGUAAUGAAGCCACCUCGAGAUCAUGCAACAACUUUCAUUGGUGAAAUUCCUUUAGGACCAUUACGAGUGGAAGAGUACAGAUCUGCUAACUUCUUCUCGAAUAGAGUAGAUGCUAUUGUUGAUUAUUAUUAUGAAAGGAAUAUUAGUAAUUAUGUGCCAAGUAAAGUCAUAUUCACCAGAGAUAGAAGUGAUGAUUACUAUGAUCUCUGGACCGAUCCACCUCAAAUUGAAGUAACCAUAAUUAAUUAUGAAGACGGUUACAUUGAUUAUGAAGAUCGAUUCGAUGUUUCUGGUUGUUAUGAAGAACCUGGAAGCUUUAUUUGGUUUCAACUCUUCCUUUCUAAUCCUUGGAUGAGAGAGUUCAAUAUGCAAGAAAUCAAAGAAAUAACAGAAGAAUAUUUGAUUUCAUUCAUUCCAAUAACUCGCAUUGGUGCAAUUCAUACCCAACAAGUUGAUUCUAAUGUAUAUGUUACUGUUAAGCUUUAUGAUCGUUUGAAUUUCAUUGAGGCUUAUAGUCGCUGGGAAGAAUAUAAAAUUAUUAAUCCUUCAAAUAUUGUACAAAAAUCUAAAGUCGAAGACUGUGAACAACUUUGCAGUGCGAAUCCCAACUGUAAUGAUUUUAGCUAUUGCGACGAUUACGAUUGUUCGAUUUUUACAGAUCGUUAUUUAGAAUACGAAGAAUACGAAGGCUGUACAUUUUAUACUAGAAAAAUAACGGAGGUCACUUCAUCCGUUGAUAAAAAUUUAUUGUCAACAAUACCACACGUGUUGCAACAGAUACGGAAUAAAGUCUCAGCAGGCGAAUUUCGUUUAGCCGUAUCUGGUAUAGCAGCUGAAGAUUUGUUCAUAGUGAGUGGACCUGAAGAGAUCGGAGAUAUUUCCCAGGAACUAUUAAUAUAUACAAGUGGUUCCAGACCUUUAAGAGCUGAUGAUUUUCCCCUGAUAAACACUAAUCGUCAUUUCAAUGAGGCACAAUUCAAGAUGGAGAAAAGUACUCUUCAAGAUUGUUUCAUGGCUUGUGUCAAUGAUGAUGAUUGUAAUACACUUUCAUAUUGUGUUAACCAGAAUAAGGAAUGUAUUCUGAGUGGAGAAACUCCGAGUUCAUUGCAAGAAACACUCGACAAAAAAACGAGCCAUGCAGAUGGAUGCAACAUCUAUCAAAAGUCCUUUAUGAAUCUAUUCCAUGAGUAUCCUGGCAAAAGUCUAGUUCUGGAUGCCGGCUCAACCAUAUCUAAUGUACCAAUUGAUGAUUGUGCUAAAAGAUGUGCUCAAUCAAAUGAUUUCAAUUGUGAAUCAUUUGAUUAUUGCCAAGAUAACAAUCAAAGAAAUGAAUCUGUUUGCUUCUUACAUGUUAACCACAUUGAGAUAGACAAAGCUCAUCAAAUAAAUGCAACAAACUGGAAGUUGGCUGAAGCUGGAUGUUCCCAUUAUUCAAAAAAAUCUGAACUCGAUUAUGAACAUAAAGUUGGACUUUCAUUGAAAACGAAAAAAUCAAUUGUUGGAACCUUUGACCAUUUAUCACUAGAACACUGUGCUUCCAGAUGCAAUUCAGAUCCUAAUUGUUUUACUCUCGAGUUUUGUCAAUCUAUUGACUAUGAUCGAGUUUCCGAUAGUAGUGUAUCAUUGACGAGUUGUUCAUUGACCAACUUGAAACCAGGUAGUCAACCUGGACUAUUUGAAGUACCAAAAAGCAAAAAAAUUUGCUCAAUUUACAUAAAUCACAAAAAGAUCACAGACAAAAGUAAAACUGACCCAAAACCAUCUGCAUUAAUAAUGCCAUCUGAAGCACCAACUAAGUCGGGCAAUUUGAAGAUAGCUAUUGGAUUGGGGGCAAUAGUCUGUUUAAUGGCCUUUGCUGGUGGAUUCGUUGGAUUUAAAUUUGCUAUCAAAAAAGGAAUCAUUCCAUAGACUAAUUUAUUGACAACCAAAAACAUCAUUAUUAGAGGAAAACUGAAGAUGAAUGUUUAUGAAUCAUUCAAUCUUAAUCGGAUACAUUGAUGAAACAUGUAAUAUUUAUAUAAGGACCAUUGGCAAAUAACACUUUGACUCUAGAAGUUUUUAGCGCCACAAAAAGGAGUCCAUUAACACUAUUAUGUAUUUUUCAUCUUAUUAAUUGAACUCAUUAUCGCGGUGAAACAUCGCGGUACAACAAUUUUAGUCCCAGUAAUCAAUUGUAUCGAUUUUACAAUUUACAA